AUGGCCGAAGCAGACCCCGAAGUCAUCGUGGCCGUUGUGGCUCUCCUCGUGUCUUUGGUCGCUCUCGCAGCCACUUUCAUGCAGGUUAUGCAGCAAUACUACGCCUCUGCCGCAGGAUACGCUCAAUGUAACGAGAAAGUAAUGGGGAAAUGGGCCCUCACAAAAACCCGCCGUUUCUCAUGGGACGAGCUUCGUUUCGAGGUUGAGUUUGAAGCUCCCGUCAUCUUCGUUUCACCCCCAGAUAACAGGAACGGUCCCAUCCAAGGAGCCGAGAUUUACUUCCUGGACGGCAGCGAACAGAGUCUCGAUAAUACAUGGUCUGAGUUGAGCAUCAACUUUCGAGAAGAGUAUGCGGCAAAGACGAGACGAGAGCGCAUUCACACUGCCGACAAUGAACGAGCUUCCUGGACACUCCUACUCAGCGCUGUGCAACGCAUGGAACACGAUUCGGAGAAGUGGCAGAAGACCCAAUAUGGAGAGAUGCACAAACAAAUCGGGCCACCCAAUGCCCAGGAGCAAAAGUCUGAUCUUCCCACAGAGCCUCCGGGUUUGUACGAGGCACAUACAAUGACAGUGGCUCUUCAACGCAAACGGAAAAGCUGGGAUACGAUGCCUGCAACAGUCCUUCGCCCAUAUGCGACAACAACGAUAUGCCAUCUAAUCGAGAUGCUGGCUGCUCUGGGUGUUUACUGGAAAGAGUUCGACCGCAGACGUGACCGCUACCGCGCUGAGGGCAAUGGCUUCAUGGUCCUGGGAGAGAAGGUCGCUGAUCUUGGUUUGAUGUUCACCUUUAGCAUCUACGGAAGAAGUCGCUUCGAGCACAAUCGAGUGAUUCCUGUGGAUCAAGUCAAAGAGUUGUGCUUUGGCUACGUGUCUACCAUUUACAGCGUGACAUUGGACCAGCGACGUCUUCAAUUCCCAGAAGAUGACCCUGAAAACUUAGCUUUCCUCCAAUUAGCAACUCGUGGCGAGAUCUCGCAGACUCUGAUUAAAAUUGGAUGUAAUACAAAUGCUGUUCGUGCUUUCCAGGAUACUGGCAAGCACACCUCCCAUUUGUUUCCUGUAUCGUUCGAGAUCCUUGGUAUGCUGAGUCGCACGUUUCACAUCAAGGACAGCAUGUUUACACAUAUUCCCAACCCGACGUCGGAUCGCUGGGACAAGCAGUCGGUAUCCCUAGUCAAGGUGAUGGAGGCUUACUCCGAACUUGUUGGCGUAUCACUGUCAGGAGCGCGUCGAAACCCGGUCAUUCUUGAAAAGAGCAAGAAACACAUCGAAAAAAUUCUGAAUCACAAGGAUAGCAACAUGGCUGGAAGGAUGAUGAUGCUCAAAGCACUUCAUGAAGCAAUUGAUGAUUGUGACCAAAUCCUGACGGCCAAGGAACCUGCCGGUGUCAUCACCCCCUUUGCUGAGCAGAUGGGCAUCAGGGUUCAUGAGACCGAGAUCCAACAGAAGCGUCGAGAGAUGGUCCAGGAUGUCCUCCGGUCGCAUAUCCAAGAGGUCCUGCGUCUUCUCAACGACGGAGAAGAUCGCUCAUCCGAUGCGCAAUCUUUACAUGCUGAAUGGAGCCCGGCAACAGCGCACCCUAGGCCAGAUGGACAACCUAGAGUGACGCCGCUUGGGUUUGAAGAUAUGCACGAAGCCAGUCCGGAUGAAAGACAGCAUAAAUUCAUGGAAGUUUACUUUCAUGUCAUCCGCGAAAAGGUUGUCCCUCGCGCUACCCACUCAACAAAUCGACGAACGAGUAUUGUCGGAGCACCUCCGGGUCACGGUUUCCGAAGAGCAGGCACGGGUAGGACUCAGGCAAGUAGUACGCGCGGUAUGGAACGAGGCUCGUCUCCCCCGCCGCCCAUGCCGGCACCUCGUCUACAAACAAGCGUGGAAAACAUACCUCUCAACACCAUGUCGAACGGCCGUCCAUCUAUGUCCAGCAGACCCGGCAGCGCCGUGAGCGAGGCUUAUUCACUGACGAGCGAGGUGCCAAGAAGGCUAGAGGCCGCUUUGUAUGAGCAGGAGGUGUCGCAUGAUGAUGUCUGGUGCACGUUGAUAUUCCGCAUGAUAUGCUGGCUAAUGCUGCAUGAUUUUAACAAGUUGGACGUACAGUUGAGUAAGAGUGAGUUGCUUGGGAGUCGUAUGCCAGUUUACAUAUCUUGA